AUGGUGGCGGCUCUCGACCCUCGGCUCUUAGCUCUCGGCCCUCGGCCCUCGGCCCUCGGCCCUCGACCCUUGACGGCCGUGAAGCUUCAGGUUCACGUGAGCGAGGCCGACGUCUAUCUGACUCGUUUCAUCCUCAGAUAUUUAAACUCUGAGGGCGACACCUCCAGUGGUAAAAUAACAGCCUAUCAGGUGAACCGCAGAGGUUCAGAACAAUCCAAACAAAUCGUCUUCGCUCCGAGUGCAGAGCCGACCUUCGUCAACGUUCCACAGAAUAACUUUGUGGAGCCGUUUGUCCUGAACCCGGGAACCUGGACUGUUGUUAUUGAGGCCGAGGGAAUCCUGCUGGAUUAUUUGGUCCUGUUGCCCAGCGCCUACUACGAAGCUCCCAUCCUGCAGAUCAAGGUCACAGAACCCUGCACCUACAGCUCCGCCCCCGACGCCGACCACAACUGUCUGCAGUACAGGUAUCUCUCUCUGGACUCCUUCCCCUCCAUCUCUGGCAACGACGCCAGCUGCCGCAGCGACAACCACCUGCCCCGCCCCUGCCCAACUGAGCGGGUCACCCCACGCCACCCGGACAUGGCGGUGUGCAGCGGCUAUGAUAUCAACGUGGAGCUGCGCGGCCGCCUCUCGUCUCCGGGGGAACACGUCCUGGUGGUGGAAUAUUCCAGCGAAGAAGAACUGCCCCAGACUCUGUCUGUGGUCGUGAACGCACCGGGAUCCCGAACGCACCAGCACAGUGUCACCCUGCUGCACUGCAAAUACAGCUUCCUGUGUCGAGUCGUUGCCAUCGAUGCACAGAACCGAGUGGCCGUCUUCUCUCUUCCCGCCAACGCUGAGGUCCAGCUCAUCUCUGACCGAGCCAGCUUCUUCCUGCACAACAUCGUCCUGGUGCCUGAAGACCAGUUCACCAUGGAGCUGGUUGAACCAAAGAUUCACUGCAUCAGCACCAACGGACAGUUCUCACCUGACAGGUCCUCCUGCGCCCCCUCGCGCUUCCGGACGCCGUCGGACUCUCUGGUCCUGAAGGACGGACAGAGCUCGUCCACGCAGGAGCCGGUCCAGGACGCCGCUGCUCCGCCUCCUCAGCCGCUCCGCCAGAGAGACGAGCCGGCCUGGACGGGAGGAGACGGACCUCUGCACGGAGUGGACAGCAGCGACCACGUCAGACUGGACUCUCUGCAGAAUGCCGCAGUGUUCUCGACUCGUGUCCACACCCUGGGACGUUACGUCUUCAUCCUCCACUACCACCAGCCUCUUCACCCGACCUAUCCUGUGCAGGUCUACAUCAACGGAGGACGAAUCUGGCAAGGCCACGCCAACGCCUCCUUCUGUCCGCACGCGUACGGCUGCCGCAACGUCCUGAUCUCAGAGAACCAGAUCAUUCUGGACGUGACCGACCACGAGGUCUUCAUCACCGUGCAGAUCCCUGCAGGAAAGACUCUGUGGCUGGAUUACGUGCUGGUUGUUCCUCAGUCCAGCUACAGCUCCAGUUACCUGAGCGAGGAGCCUCUGGACAAAUCCUACGACUUCAUCAGCAACUGUGGCCAAAACAGUUUCUACAUCAAUCCCGCCACCGCCUCCAGGUUCUGUCUCGGCUCGGCCGUGUCGCUGUCGGCCUUCUUCAACAACGGGGCGAUGCCGUGCGCUUGUCACGAGGUCGGAGCAGAGAGCGACACCUGCGACACGUUCGGCGGUCAGUGCCGCUGCAGACCCAAUGUGAUUGGCCGGGACUGCUCCAUGUGCGCCACGGGCUACUGGGGAUUCCCCAACUGCAGACCUUGUAACUGUGGCAGCAGGUUGUGUGAACCUGUGACCGGCGACUGCAUCUGUCCUCCGAGGACGCUGCGGCCCGAGUGCACCCAGUGUGAGCCCCAGACGUUUGGCUGCCACCCGCUGGUGGGAUGUGAGGUCUGCAACUGCUCCCGGCCCGGCAUCGACUCCCCUGACGUCAGCUGUGACACUCUGAGUGGACAGUGCAGGUAAAGACUCAGAGUCAAGCAUCACCUCACGUUCCCUCUGCUCAGAUGGGAUUCAGCUCCAUCUCACAUGUCGGGCGUCUCUCUGGUGCCUGUCUCUUUAGUUCCUGUCU